ACUCCGGUUCACUCGACUGAAGCAACAUGUCAGCGCCCUGGACACAUGUGUAAACAAACAUGGAGAGGAAAAUAACCUUGCACGAGGGUUAACCUAAGCGCAACGUACUAAAAUUAUCCACUUGUGUUGAGAAAGAGGGUUUCGGCAAUGACCUCGCGGCUCUGCGAGACGUUUCUACGCGGAUCUCUGCGAUUUUCAACGAUCCGCAAACUGUCAGCUGCCACAGAGCACACGCCACUAUAUCUGCGUGUGUCAGGUUGCUCAGUUUUUGGUCCACAGACGGCGAGAAAAUGUCUCUUUCACUGUACUCCGGCAAGUUUGGUGUCUUCGGGUGCUUUUUUGGAUAGAUUGCAGAAGGGGAGAGCUGUUGUGUCCGAUGAGGGUCUCUGUCAUCACCCUGUCUCUGUUCCAUCAGACAGCAGUCAUCAAUUUUCCUUAUUGCUAAAGGAUCCUGAUCAACCUGAAAAUGCCAAAUCCCUUAAAGUGGUAAUAGUAGGUGCACCAAAUGCAGGGAAGUCCACACUGACCAAUCAGCUGCUGGGUCGAAAGUUGUUUGCUGUUUCUGAGAAAGUGCACACAACAAGAUCACGUGCUGUUGGUGUCCUGACAGAAGAUGAGACACAAAUCGUACUGUUGGAUACCCCUGGUCUCACCACACCAAUAAAGGCUAAAAAACAUCACCUGGAGGAAUCGCUGCUGGUGGAUCCCUUUGCGUCAAUAAAGGAAGCUGAUCUAGUGGUGGUGCUGGUCGACGUGUCUGAUAAAUGGACACGCAGUAAGUUGGACUAUGAAGUGCUGAAGUGUCUGGCCCUGAAUUCAGAUGUCCCUGCCAUCCUUGUCCUCAAUAAGGUAGAUCUACUGAAGAACAAAACACUUCUGCUAGACAUCACGGCACAGCUGACAGAAGGGGUUGUGAGUGGAAAGAAGAUCAGGAUCCGUGGCGCAGAGAAACCAUGUGAGAAAUUAGCAGCCAAACCCCACAGCAGACACACAGAACCACAUUCUGAGAGCAUGAAAGACGGGGCGUCCCAAGAGGGUCAGGAAAAAAACAGGCUGAGCCAAGAGGAACUGAAGGCCCUGAAGAGCCGCAGGGGGUGGCCCCUUUUUAAGGAUGUGUUCAUGUUAAGUUCUAUUGACAGAGAAGAUGUGGAAACAUUAAAGAGGUACCUGUUUGAAGGUGCAAAGCCUGGCCAGUGGCAGUACCACAGUGAAGUGCUGACUGAUCAGGGUCCUGAGGAUGUGUGCAUCAACACUAUCAGAGAGAAACUUCUGCAGUAUCUUCCUAAGGAGGUGCCGUACAGUAUGACACAGCAAAUUGAGAUCUGGAAGGAGUCCGAGGAUGGGGUACUUGACAUUUCCAUCAAACUAUAUGUAAAGAAAGACACUCAUAUGAAAAUGGUUAUUGGUUCUGGAGGUAAUUUGAUAACCAGAAUAACCCAGGAAGCUGAAAAUGACCUGAUGAAGAUUUUCUUGCGUGAAGUGCGUUUAAAAAUCUCUGCAAAGUUGAGGAAGUAACAUAGACUGAUGUUGAAGGUCAGAGCCUGACGUAUGCAGAGGGAUACGGAAACCUGAAAAGACUUUCUUAAGAGUGAAGAAAUGGACAUGAAUUCAAAAUUGGCUGUAUUUUUGGUUAUACAGUCAGGUUGAUCUCAACAGAGCCUGCGUAUUCCUGUAAACUGAAAUGUAAGUAUAUUAAAGGCACAUUACAAGG